AUGCCGCGUCUUCUCUCUUCCGCGCUCCGCCUACGGCGCGACCCGCGAAUCCUCAAGCUCCCGCCGUACAUCUCGCUUCUGUGCAUUGUAGUCGGCGUCGCAUGGCUCCUCCUCCUGCCCCUCAACGAGUACUCGAGACGAACCUAUAUCUCUGAAAACGCGCUUCUUCCGGGCCAGGUGCACACGUACUUUGGCGGAAGCGAUCAGAAUGUCUUUCGCGCCUACAAGCAUGAAGUUAAUGCGCUGGUGGACAAGGACAAUCUUGAGGUCAACGACAAGCUUGAGAGCAUCUUCAAGGGUGUUGGGCUAAAGGUCGGUCGGCAGAACUUCACUUACACUUCCGCGGGGGACACGUAUGCCGGAGAGAAUGUCUAUGCUAUCCUGCAGGCGCCCCGCGGCGAUGCCACCGAGGCAAUCGUGCUCGUAGCAGCAUGGAAGAAUGUCAAGGAAGAGCUGAAUAAGAACGGGGUAGCUCUUCUCUUGACCUUGUCCCGAUAUUUCCGACGAUGGUCACUCUGGUCCAAGGAUAUCAUUUUUAUUGUCACGCCGGAUAGUUUAGCUGGGCCACAAGCUUGGGUUGAUGCUUACCAUGACUCUCACGACUCUUCCCGCGUCGAUGCUUUACCUCUCAAGUCAGGAGCAUUACAAGGUGCUAUUGCGAUCGACUAUGUCCAGGAGAACAGAUUCGAAUCCGUACAUAUCGUCUACGAUGGGAUCAAUGGCCAACUACCGAAUCUGGAUCUGAUAAAUAGCGUUGUAAGCAUUGCGAGUGGGCAGAUGGGCAUCGGCACUGCGAUCCAGGAGAUGUGGCGGCAUAGCGACAAAUAUGAGGAUCGACUGAAGACCAUGCUCAGGGGCAUGCUGAAGCAGGGACUGGGUUUGGCAUCUGGUCCGCACAGCAGUUUCAUCCCAUAUCACGUCGACGCUGUCACUCUACAGCCGUUUGGCGAGGGAUGGCAGGACGAGAUGGCCAUGGGACGGGUGAUCGAAGGCACCUUCAGAAGUCUGAACAACCUGCUUGAACACCUUCACCAGAGUUUUUUCUUCUACCUGCUCAUGCACAAGGAACGGUUCGUCAGCAUUGGAACCUACCUCCCAAGCGCUAUGGCCAUAGCUGCCAAUUUCACAAUCGUCUCUAUUGCUCUGUGGGUUGGAAGUGGCAUGCGGACUGAGUCUACCCCUGACACAGCGUCCAAAGAGGCCAAAGACCUGAAGGCAGAGGACGCAACGGCUGCACCAUCUGCGGUGGAAAGGCACUUCUUCCUGCCUCUGGGAGUGGUUGCAGCUUGCCAGUUUCUGGGCGUCUUACCUCUCUACCUCUUCAACCACCUGCCAGCAAGAGUACGUCCUCUCCACAAUCAUUAG